AUGGCGCUCAAGGUGACCUCCGUCCUGGCCGUCUUUGCGUUCGCUCAUGCCGUCGAAGUUCAGGAAGUGAGGGCCGAGUUGUCCGCGACGGCCAGGGCGAACGCCACACACGCGAAGAAGAAGCGGACAGCGCGGAAGGGCGCCUGCGACUGCUUGCCAUGGGCAGGGGUCUACUACGACCGCCUUGCGGCGUGCGGCCGCGCUCAAGAGCUGUACUUCCUCAGCAAGUUCGGCUUCUCCGCUGCCUAUGCCGCCACCGAGCCCAUCUCAGGCUUGCCGCACAAGGUCUGUAACGACUUCCUGAAGAACCUGAAAGACGCGUCGUGCAUCAAUGUCGACUUGUUGCCUUUCCCGGCUGAUGACAACACCGACAAGCAGUGGUGCUACGUGUCCAACGAUUGUGACGUACUGAAUGGUGGCGAGGAUGCCACCAACACGAUGGGCUUCCAGCAGGCGGGGUGGAACAACCUCCAGAGCGUCAGCAACCUGUCCUGGAAGAAAGUUUGCGAUCAGGCCUCUGGGGACGUAAUCCUGAAGUACAAGACGGUCGAGGAACUGAUUGCCCUCGCCGAGGCGAACGACGUCAGCAAAUCGCGGAUGAUGCGGCUCGCCUAUCCCGUCUUGAACGCCACUUGGUCCGAGGCCAUGUGGAUCAUGGAAGCCAUCGACAAUGCCUGGGACGGGUCCACCAGCCUGAACGACAUAGUCGACUCUUUAACGGCCCCGCCCGCCACCUAUGGCGACAGGCUCCCGCAGGUAUUCUCGAUGGUCACCGAUGCCGUCAAGUCUGAGAUCGGCACGAUCCUCGACACGCCCGGGCACGGGGACAAUUUCCACGUGAUCAAGGGCCGCGAGGUAUGGAUCGUGCAGAGGAUCGGCGACGUCAUUGUCAGCGGCGCGCACAGGGGCGGUUCGAUCCUCGGCGACAUGGCCUACCUCGGUGGCCACUUCUCCUGGGAGUUCGACGUGAACUGCACCAUCGGCUGUGCCACCAGCCGCGUCGCGGCCCUCGACCUGGAGACCAUGUGA